UCUUGUUGACAGCAUACGUGGAAAAUAACCGACGCAGCUGUGUUGCUAUUAAAAGACCUCAAAUCCCAAAGUAUCGCCGUGGCAGGGCCCGGCCGGCCGUCAUGUCGGGAGGAGCUCGGCGGACGAGCUGCAAGGGGCGAGCGGCCACGGCUCCCCGGUGAGAGGAACUCAGCGCCGGGUUACCGGCCACCUGCGGAGGCCCGAGCAGCGGAGAUGGACCCAGUGUGGACCACCACUGUUCUCCUGGUGCCCUGUGUUAUCGUGCUGACAGCUGGAUUUUUCUACCUCUAUGGUCUCAUUGUUGGUCUGCUGUCCAAAACAUCAGUACGCAAUAAGGUGGUGGUUGUAACCGACGCCUUAUCCGGGCUCGGAAAAGUGUGUCCCGUCUUUUGUUUCGGAUUCGCUGACGAAGAAUGCGCAGGUGUGUUUCACAAAGGAGGAGCGAGGCUGAUCCUCUGUGGGAAGAGCUGGGAGAAACUCGAAGGACUCGCCGACGAUUUGGCGAACGCCUCAGACCCCACGGUAACGUUUCCCCCCAAGCUGGUGCUGCUGGAUUUCGGGGACAUGGACAGUAUGCCUGACGCGGUCGCAGAGAUCCUGGACUGCUACGGCUGCCUGGACGUCGUCAUCCUCAACAGCAGCAUGAAGGUCAAAGCGCCGGCACAGAGUCUGUCUCUGGAGAUGGACAAGCUACUGAUGGACAACAACUACUUUGGACCGGUCACACUGGCUAAAGGCGUGCUGCCCUCCAUGAUGUCGAGGAGAACUGGUCACCUGCUCCUGGUCAACAGCAUCCAAGGGAAACUAGCUGUGCCUUUUCGCACUACAUAUGCGGCCUCCAAACACGCGGUUCAGGCCUUCUUCGACUGCCUGAGAGCCGAGGUGGAAGAGUACGGCAUCUGCGUCAGCACCAUCAACCACACCUUCAUCAGCCGCGCCGCGUCUGGAGACGCAGCGGCAGCCUCCUCCAAGUCCAUCUGGUCAUUGUUGUACACCAAGAAACCCCUCGGCAUCUCUCCGGAUGAGGCGGCCGCUGAGAUCGUCAAGACUUUGAACAACAAGAGGAAAGAGGUGGUAAUCGCUCCCUCGCUCCCCAAGGCGGCCAUCUACGCCAGAUCCUUCUUCCCGGAGGUCUUCUUCGCCGUGACGGCUGCAGGGGUGAAGAACGCUGCCGCCUGGGAGAAGAUGUAGGGGCUGUCAUGUGUAGAGCGUGAACGCUCAGACCCUAUUCAAACCAUGCUGAGUGUGGGUCUCAAAUGCACUGUCAGCAAACAUGGUCUUAAACUUAGACUUGUGUGUAAAAUUAGGAUUGCCUGUACCCAAAGGGUUCGAGUUGCAAUGGGGCCCCGUAUGUGGAGUUACACAUAGUUUCUCCAUCUGAAAGAAUUGUUUUUCUGUGAAUUUUACGGGUUGACAAACAUGAAAAUGAUCAUCCAAGUGCAGAAUUUCGCUAAAAAUAGUACAUUACAAAGAAAAUUUUGUCUGUGCCUGUAUUUGUGGACGUGAUUAUAUUAAGAAUAUCAAUAAAAUAUCUGCAUAUGUAUGUUAAAUUUCA